UUAGCAUUGAAACAACUGAAGAUGGAAAGUUGGUCGGUUGAGCAAGUCUGCAACUGGUUGAAACUGAGAAAUUUAGGAGAACUAGUUCCUAAGUUCCGUGAAGAAGAAAUAAGUGGAGCAGCUCUUCUGGCUCUUAAUGAUCGUAUGGUGCAGCAGCUGGUGAAGAAGAUUGGGCACCAGGCAGUGCUGAUGGACCUGAUUAAAAAAUACCAGCAACAGAAGAGUAGGCUGGAAUCCCUUAUAUACUCUUGUGAAACAGCUUCUCAAAAAUUUCCAGAAGUAAUCAGUGGGGCUACUGACAGACAGAUGUUAAUUUCUUCUGGUCCGGUGGAGCAGAAGUAUUCACAUGAAAAUGAAAAAGGACUAAUUGAUCAUAGAGUGCUAAAGCAAAAAAAAAACCUGAAAUCAUUUUUUGCGAGACACAAGAUGUUGCAGUGGACAAGUUCUUAUGUUUUGCCAGACUUCCCUUACGAUGUCAAGUGCAUAUUAGCGGAAAAAAAAUGCCCUGAUCACAGUAUGAGAAUAAGAAUUAUUGAAUUUUUACAAGCAGACAUGACAAAAUACCUGGAAGGAUCACUGUAUCCAAACAGUCAGCAAUAUAACAUUGUUGUCAAUGCUCUGCUCCAGGCAUACCCAUUCCUUGAUGAAGACGGGAAUGGCUUUUUGCUGUGGAAACGGGCCCUUAAAGAUCGUUUCAAAUACGUGCGGAGACCCAUUGAAGAUGAUGAGCAAGUCCUGAGGAACAAAUGCAAAUUUGGCCACAGGAGGGGACAGAGCAGAAAAUCUUUUGCUGAAAAUACUUUUGAGGCUAUCCAGGGGAAGGUAGAGGAAGAACCUGCUCAUCUUAAAGGCAGUGCAAUGGAUUUACAUAUUAAGUGGCUUAAUCGAGAAUAUACGAAAACUCAGAGGAACUGGGAAGAAGUGGAUAACAGAAUGAAUGUGACAAUAGAAAUACGGAGAAAGAUGAUCAGCGAUAAGGCACCUUUAAAAGAUAUUCUUAGACUAUUUCCUUUCUUAAGAUGCCCUUAUCAGCUUUUUAGGGAGUUCCAGCUUCUCACACACAUGGACAUUCAUAAGAAAACAGUCGAGAUUUUGGAGAUUUAUUCAGAAAACAUAUUGUCCUUGUAUGUGGUGAGGAAUAAUCCAAUUAACAUUAUGCUGCAAGAAAAUCUGAAGCAGCACGCAGAGGAAGACGUUCUGAAAUAUAUGAAAAUGACUGCUGCAUGUUUACUCCUGCCAGAGGUCUUUGGAGAUGAUUCCAGUCUGUUUGCUGCAGUGAACGAGGAGGUAAAGGCAGUGACACCAGUGUUGGAAGUGAAAAAUCCCUUCAACAUGAAUUCAUGUGAGUUUGCCCUGUACAUAGAAAGGGAAGAGCUGGCCCAGCUCGAUGACUGCGCCAUGGCUCUGGCAGCACUGGUGGCUGCAUUCCAUGUGUUUGAUAUCCCAUGCCCAAAGAGAAUCCACAGGACACUGAACUUCCUGGAGUCCCUGGUCUUUGAGGUGAGGAACCCAGCAUCCCUGCCCGCCCCAGUAAAGACAGGGCUGGAGACACCCUAG